AUGGCUCCAAAAUAUAAAGCAUGUCUUUUUGACAUGGAUGGGACUUUACUUAACACAGAAGAUAUAUACACUGAAGCAUUCACCGAUUUAUUAGCUGAAUUUGGUAAAGGUCCUUUAACCUGGGAUAUCAAAAUUCAAUUGCAAGGAUUACCUGGUCCACAUGCAAAUCAAUUGAUGAUUCAACAUUAUGAUUUACCAAUUUCCAGUGAAGAAUUCCUUGAAAAGGCUAUGGCCAUUCAAGAAAAGAAAUGGCAUAAAUCUGGAUUUUUACCUGGAGCUUUAGAGUUAUUGAAAUAUUUAAAGGAAAAUGAUAUUCCAGUAGCGUUAGGUACAAGUUCUAAUAUGAUCAAUUUCCAAAGAAAGACUGGUCACAUUCCUGAAAUUUCCGAAGUUUUCGGUGAUCAUAUAGUAACUGGUGAUGAUGCUAGGAUUCCAAGAGGUAAAGGUAAACCCAAUCCUCAUAUCUGGUAUGUUUGUUUAGAAGGUAUCAACAAAGAAAGAGAAUCUAAAGGGUUAGAUACCAUUAAACCUGAAGAAUGUUUAGUGUUUGAAGAUGGUAUUCCUGGAGUCAGAUCUGGUUUAGCUGCUGGUGCUCAUGUCAUCUGGAUUCCUCAUAAUGACGCUCAUCCUUACAUCGAACCAGUCAAACAAGAAUUGUCUGAUCAUAAGAUUGAAAUCAUCAACAGUUUAACCGAUUUAGAUAAAUCCAAAUACUUAUAA